AUGAAACACAUUUUUUGGUAUUUUUUGUUUUUCUUUCUUAUUAAUAUAUAUAGAGUUAAUGGGGUACAUAUAAAAGGAAGAUGUGUAUCUUUCAUAAAUAAUAAAUUAAAUAUAAUCAAUCAUAAAACAAAUAAAAGUAUUAAUCCAUUAUUUUGUUAUAAAAAAAGAGUAAAAGCAAAGGAAUUGAGGAAAUUAACGACUGAGGAGCUUGAGAAGGAAAUAAUAAAAUGUAGACUAGAUAUUCAAAAGUUUCAACAACAAGGUUUUUAUGAUAUACAUAAUUAUAAUGUAUUUUAUGAAAAAAAUGCCCGUAGAAAGUUAGCACAGUUGUUAACAAUAUACUACCAAAGAUAUUUAGAUAAUAAUAUAAGAAUUAAAUCGUAG